CACUCUUGCUGCCAAGUGCAAUUAUCCGCUGUACCUGUCAAGAUGGCUUCCACUCUGGACCAGAGUGCAGCGCUAGGCCUGUCGUUCACAGCGCUCUGCUCCGUUCUAAAGGCCGUGGAGGCCACGCGCAAGAACGAUUCGAAGCUAGACCUGCUGUUCAGCCCUCACCUGCACUCCCAGGUGGGCGGAGGCGACCUGUAUCCUCUCAUCCGUCUGGUGCUGCCCCAACUGGACCGCGAACGCACGUACAUGCUCAAAGAGAAGAAGAUAGCUAAGAUCUACAUCGAUGUACUCGGCCUAGCGCCCAUCAGCAAGGAUGCACAGAAGCUCGAGCACUUUAACGACCCCAAAAUUGUGGACAGCAAGUCUGUUGGAGACUUUGCCGCUGUAUUAUUCGACGUUGUGCUCUACCAGAGCGCGAGGACCAAAUCCAAGAUGCAACACACCUUGAAGGACGUUAAUGAGCUGCUGGACCAAUUGGUACUGGCGGACAGCAAUGCAGCUAGGAAGAAAGUGUUUAUGAAGCUCGCGACGGAGUAUUCAGCCGACGAGCAAAAGUGGAUCAUCCGAGUGAUACUGAAGGACCUCAAGAUCGGACUGAGACACGAGCGUGUACUGAAGUUUAUUCAUCCGGACGCUAUGGAGAUGUACAAUCAUACCAACGACCUGCAUAAAGUGUGUAGAGAGUUACGGAACUCGGCGGUGAGGUAUGUACCUCAGCUUGAGCCGUUCCAAGUCUUCACUCCAAUGCUGGCGAAACGAGUGAAUUUUGGAGAGUGUAUCAGUGCGAUCAAUGCAGAUGCAUUUGUCAUGGAGCCAAAGCUGGAUGGAGAGAGAAUUACGUGUCAUGUGCAGGGAAAAGAGGUGCAGUUCAUAUCAAGAAAUGGGAUUAACUACACGGAGAACUAUGCACCUUCAAUCAAGCCACAUGUGUUGUCGCAAUUGGAGUCUGGAGUGGACUGUAUAUUGGACGGAGAGAUGAUGGUCUGGGACAACACGGAGUACCGACUUCGAGAAUUUGGACUUCUAAAAAAUACUGCCAAUGCAGUACGCAAAGGGGAAGCGACGAACCGAUGGCUGUGUUAUGUGGUGUGGGAUGUGGUCUAUCUUGGUGGCGGUCCGAAAGCUGAGCAGUUAAUUCGCGAAGUAUUCAAAGGUCCUGGUGAAAUCAGCGCUGUAAUGGGUCUACCACUCCUUGCACGACGCAAGCUACUGCUCCGAAUUCUAAAGCCGCUUGACCAUCGUAUCAUCAUUAUCGAGCAGAAACUCGUCAAUGACAAGUCCGCUAAGGAAAGGCAUGAAAAGGUAAUGGCAGAGGUUGAUCAGCAGGUAUCGAACGGAGGUGAGGGCGUGAUAAUGAAAGACCUGAACGCACACUACAUGUGUGGUGAAAGUAGCCGAAAGACGAAGAAAUGGUUGAAGCUGAAGCCUGAUUAUGCCGGCAUGACAACGGACUUGGAUGUUAUAAUCGUCGGUGGAUUUUACGGCACUGGAAGACGACGAAGUGGCAACGUAUCCGUUUUUCUGUGUGGUGUUCUGGCGCAUUCGUUAGACGAGAAAGGUGCUGCAGAAGCGACCAAGCCAGGAGCUCCAUGCCCAGUGGUGUACACGUUCGCUAAGGUUGGUACCGGAUACAACCUGGAAGAGUUGGAACAAAUGCGGCAAGAAUUAGAGCCAUAUUGGCAGCCAUGGGAUGACGACAAUGUUCCCCCGCAUUUGAACGGUUGGAAGCCGCAGAAGAGCGAUUUGAGACCUGAUGUUUGGAUUGAUCUACGACACUCCAAAAUCCUCGAAGUAUACGGAUUUGAGUUGUCAUUUACGACGCUCUACCAGACAGGGCUUACUAUUCGCUUCCCUCGUUGCAAAGCAAUCCGCAAUGAUAAGGAAUGGUACCAGUGUAUUAAUCUUCAAGAUCUAAAUGCAACCCGUGGGAGUCUAUCUACCAAGCGAGCUUCAGAAGUAGCUCUGGGGCAGAAGAGUGCUACAAAACGUAUUAAGAAGCGCCAGACCAUCUCGUCUCGGCGUCACAGCGGCAUUCUCAGAGACUACUCUCGGGCAGACUUGGAUGGUAUCGAACAAGAGCGGAACGUAUUCGAAGGAAUGGAGUUCUGCGUGCUGCCUGGGAAGUACCGAAUGCCCCCGCAAGAUCUUGUAUCAUCAAUUCCAGACGGGAUCAUCGAAAAGAAUGCCAUGCAAUUGUCGAAGCAAGCCGUUGAAAAGCUGCUGCACUCGUUCGGAGGUACUAUUGUCCAGAAUCCAAUUACCGGAACCACUCACUAUGUUGUUGCCGCUGGAGAUUCCGGUUUCAAAGUUGUGAAUCUGAAGAAGCAAGGGCUGUUCAACAUCGUGCACAUCAGAUGGGUAUUCACUUGCGUGGCAGCUACUCGAUUGGUAUCUCUGAAAGCGGGAGAUUUUAUAUUCGCAACGGAUGCACAACGAGAGCUCCUGGCUAAGGAAUAUGACCGGUACGGAGACCAUUUCACGGAACAUAUCACUCCGGACAAUUUACAACGUAUUCUGCGGGAGCUGUCGAGCGCUACCAACGAUAAACCCACGAGCAUACCUUGGCAGUUCCAGAUAAAAAAACUGGAAAUGGAAGAAGCGGAAGCGAUGGACAGCGCGUUCACGUUCUUGUCCCAUUGUGUGGUUUACUUCCAGUAUAGCUGCAGCUCUUCUUCAGAAGAUGAAAAUAUUGAUGUUCUCUCCGUGGGGCAGAUGAAGUUAAUUGAGCAGCAACUCAGAUUGUAUGGAGGCGCGAUUGCGCGUGAGAUCGAUUCUUCUGUCACGCAUGUCAUUGCUGAUCCAGCACAAGCGGAGCAACUUGCACCUGCCAUCAGGAACUUACGUCACCAAGGCUUGCCAGAGCCCCGUGUUGUCACGAAGGAAUGGGUCCAGGAGUGCGUAGAGCAGCGCACUCAAGUAUCUGACAGCGAUUUUGUUGUGCACGUGUAGGUCGGACAACAUAUAAUUUAUUUCGCAUCCAUUUAGCUGUCUCGUGCCAAUACAAGCGAGUUUCCUGUUGCUAUCACAGUAAGAAUUUCUCUUUUGUUUUUAUUGGAAAUGAGAUGCAUCAGCGCACCAGUCGAAGUCGCCGAAGUAGAAGCUGGUUUCUUCCUCGUCAGACAGAGUACCCUGAGGUUCCCGCUCUUCAUACACGAGGUGGCCUUCAACUUGCUGCGACGUGAACUGAUCUUCGAAGUUGGACGUGUCCAAC